ACAACACUGAAUUGCAUCUCAAUCCUGACAGACAAAAAUAAAUAGAGUUGAAACGCUGCUUAGUCACAAGUCAUGAUUAAUGAAAUCACAGCAGAUGCGUAACGAAAAUAACGCGAUGAUACCGUAGCUUAAUAAAAUAAACCGCGUUAGCAAAUAAAACAAAUAAUACUAAAGAUAAAUGUGUAAGGCAAAACUAUAAAUGAAAACAUGCUUUUGAAAAUGCUACGUGGAGCACAAGAUAGGGCCUUUUACUAAAAGUGGGGCGGGCAACACAAUUUCAAGCCAUGACAUCACUUUUCCUGCGAGUGCUUUAACCUAAACACGGGAAGAGAGACGGAUGGGAAGAGACGACGAUAAAAGCUCUAAUCAGCGGCUGGGGAAACAGAUAAACAUGUCCACAAGCUGUGAAUUUAAAAGUACAGUUCAAGGUAUUUCUUAGCGAUAUUCAUCGGGGAUAUUUUCACACCUUCCGAAGCAGCACAAGGAUCGCGUGAGGUAAAGACAAUGUCGGAAGAGGCCCAAAAUAGAGUAGAUGAGGACUUUGAGUCUGAGGAGGGUGAUCUGGAGUCCUAUCUAGAGGAAGAAAGUAGCAGUGAGCUUCUGGAGCGAGUGAGAGAACUUCAAGCCGAGAACUCUGCCCUUUCAUUAGCAAACGAGAGUCAGAGAGAAGCAUAUGAACGAUGCUUGGAUGAGGUGGCCAACCAUGUUGUCCAAGCGUUACUCAAUCAAAAGGAUCUCAGAGAGGAAUGCAUUAAGCUGAAAAUGCGUGUGUUUGAUUUGGAGAGGCAGAACAGAACACUGUGUGAGCUCCUGCAAGAGAAAUUGCACAGUCAAUCAUGUGUACAUCAGCAGCAGCCAGGACCCUGUCUGGAGCACAUCGGCGAGCUGCAGCACAGUGAAUCUAACAAACUGAUUGAGGCUCAGAGGAACGCACAGGCCAAGGGCAACAGUGAAUGUGCACAAAAUUGCAUACCUGAGACCCAAGGCUCAUCCACGUCCAUGGAGGCCAUGUCCCCAUUCUUGAAGAAGAAAGCACACAUUUUGGAGGUCCUCCGCAAGCUUGAAGAAACAGAUCCGCUUCGGUACCAUCGUUCCUCUGGCAUUCCCUCGAUCUGUGACUACAGCCAGGCUCUUGCCUCCAAGGAGGCUGUAUUAGCCUGCAGAGACAAUUCACCCCGGUGCAAUGCACCCAAAGCACAUUGUUCCCAUUCCUGUCCAGAUGUUUGCACACAUCAGCAUUUGAAUGGAGGAGAGCACAGCAAUGUAAAGUGUGGUAGUUGUAGCACAUGCUUGAUGCUGUCCAAUAAAGAUUCAGUCAGCUUAGCCAAGAGUAGCCACAACUGUUGCACUUCAGCCCCCAUUACCAUCGAUAACCUCAAUUUGGCUCGGCCCGAUUUCCAAGAGAACAUGGAAAUGCAGAGCCUUGUGAAACCUGCCACAGGUACAAGUGAACUGUUUGUAAAUCGGACAUCUGGAGAUAUGUCUGUUCUUUCAGCAGAGCAAGGUCCUAACCCACCGAAUGAUCCCCACCCAUUAGAAGCCCCUGAAUCAUACCUGAGAUUGACCAUUUCAGAAAGAGAUCAGCCCAGAGGAGUCUCGGAUCAUGUGUCUGUAGAAACAAGAGACAAGAAUAGGUUAUCUGACCUUCUGCUUGAGUCUCAAUCCAACAGGUCAAGCGGCAGCACCUGCAAUGAGACAAUUUGUGAAGAUAGCACAAUUGAUGUGGCACUGCUGGACUCUGACUUGAAGCACUUAAAUGCUGUAGUGCCACAAAGACUCAAGAAAGAAGAGUUUGCAACAAAAGAAGACGCUGACUGUGUCUGUCGAGCCAACAUAGCCACCUCAAAGCUGCCUACUCUUGGACUCAAAGACAAUUUACAAAAUACACACUGUGAGAUGGACAACAUUGAACCAGUCCACAAAGGUCUGUUAUUUUCUCCCAAUGAAAAUCAUACUGCCUCAAAAGUACUGGAUGAUAUCUCUGUCCCUGUGAAAGACAUCCCAUCUGACCCUCAGUCCAUUAGAUCGAAAGUUACGGUCAGCCCGAAUCAAGUUUCCUGCCUUAGAGAGGUCAAGGCCUCACCCUCCAAACUGCUCAAGUUCCUUAAAAUACCCACUCUCGGAGAACGUACUGCAGUACCUGCUCCACCUCGUCUCAGUCCUCAGUUGACGCGUAGCUCAAAGAUUCCUUGCCGAAGCAACAACUAUGAGGUGCACAAUUCACCCGUAGCCACGCGAAAAGCCACCACGACAGAGAGGCAAAGACAGCUGCCCCCUUCUAAAUCAGAGUCACACUCUGCUCCAACCUCUCCGCCCCAACCUGAUGAUGUUACUGCACCAUUGCCAAAAGAACUUGGCUGUGGUAUCCCUAAAACAAGUCGAGUAGCCAAGCCUACACAAAGUAGUCAUGUUCAAAAGACCCCUCAGAAAAUUCCACACUACGAAAAUGUCUCAGAUAUCUCCAAAACGUGUGGCACCGAUGUAACCCAGCUGCUUGGAGAAGUGAGCUCAUCUCUUCAAAAUUCCAGCCCGGCUAAUGAAGGUGAGAAAGGAAAGCAGACAAAGUUUGGUAUAGAGAGACCAACGAGUUUCAAGCAGAAGGACAUCUCACCAGAGUCUGAUUCUUCUGACCAAGAGGACAGCUCGGAGAGUCCAGUGUGGCAUAAGCAAGUCAAUCAUCGUAGUCUGCCAAGUCAGUCGUCAUCCCAGAAGGCUCAGAGUGGGAUUAGCACAAGGUCCAGGAGCCAAGAGAAAAACGAAAUGGUAGAUAAUGAUUCACAGAGCUCAGAAUCACCUUUUAAAAGGAACGAUCCACCGCCUGUUCCUAAGAAAUCAGGGAUUGGUAGACAUUCAGGUGAAUCAAGUCAUUCUUUUAAAGAACGACUGGCUGCACUUGGCAAGUUGAGGAACCCGGAGGAGUAUACAGCUUGUCCUCCGCUUGCAGAGAAGAAAGAAAUUGCAACUGCUGCAAGCAUACCAACACGAACCACCGAUAAAAGCAAAACUGCUGACAGAAACUCUGAUUGUAAAUCAGGAGAAUAUAGACUUCCUAAAAAUACAGAUUCCAUUGAGGAUAAAUCAUACCAUUCAGGUCAUCUUGAUGGUGCUGUUUCGAAACAACAAGGAGCCUUUCAACAUGUUGAGCAAGCAGUCAGGUCUCUUCCAUGUAGCACAUUAGUCUCCAAACUUGAACACGAAUCCUCUAGAACAUUUUUAGCCAAGCAAGAAAGCCCAAAAUCUAAGAUGCAUCCACCAUCUACUAACCUAGAGGCUGCUCAGGCUUUGCGCAGCUAUGCUAAGAAUACAACACCCCAUGGCCUUUCGUAUAAUGCAAAAAAUGUCACUGGGCCCCAGAGUGGUAGCCCCAAUAAAAUCCCACUCAAAUCACCAACUAAAACUGUGCCACCCUCUAUGAACCGAGAUGGGAAGCCUACUCAAGAGUUUCAGAGGUACAUGUCCAAAUCUGAGGACAGAAGCCAUCUCAGGGCCAAUAAGAAGAAGAAUUCUUCCUAUGGAGAGAGUCUUCCUCCUCCACCACCAAGGCCGGUGGAGUCCACUGAAGAAAAGAGGCACUCUGCCCCCAGCCCACAGUCUUCUAUCGAGCAGAAGGUCAUGAAGGGCAUUGAGGAAAAUAUGCUGAAACUGCAAGAGCAAGAUAAAGGGCAAAUGGCUGAGGUCAAGCAAAAGGCUUCCAAUGGAAUCGCCAACUGGUUUGGUCUGAGAAAAAGCAAGCUUCCAGCUCUUAGCCGUAAACCAGAAACAUCGAAAAUGAAAGAUGAUAAGAGAGAAUGGAAACUCAAUAUAUCCUCGGUGGGCAAGGAUUCUAAGGGGGCUGUGAAGAAAGAGAGUGAGAGCCUAAAUAUUUCUAUGCUGAUUGAGAAGGCAGAGGGCUUACAUAAAGCUCUUGAAGAAGAACGCGCUUAUGUGAAUGGAGUGGCCUUGGACCGACAAGGAAAGGGACAUUCCUGUGAGGUGGUGAUGGACCAAGCCCAAGGCCAGCUGUCUGUGAUGUACAGAGGGGUGCCAUCUGACAACUUCAUGCAGCAACUGCUUAACCGCGUUGAUGGGAAGGACACUGGUGGCAUCAGUAUGGCACAUCGACGCCUCUCCUUUGACUGUAAAUCCAGACCUGUAUUCAGUCAUCAGAGCACUGGCAUUGCUAGUCAGACAAGAAGCAGUGAUGACAUGGAAAAGGUUUCUGCAUUACUGAGUAAAGAUGUCACAUCAGAUGAGAACCUGGCUGAGACAAUUCAUCAUGAACACUUUGCAGGAUCUGGAAUCUCUACACACACCCUUGACAGUGGCAUUGGCACCUUCCCUCUUCCUGACUAUAGUGCAAAUGCUGGUUGCAAAAGCAUUCCCAAAGGGAAGGCCCACGGGGAGUGUGACCCUUCUCAUCUCCAGGGAAAACAUGGCUCAGGGAUGAAAAUGUCCCAUAAGGCCUGGACUUUGGAGAGAGAGUUGUCAUGUUUAGAAGAGGAUUAUAUGGGGGGUCAGGAAAUGGACCAUCACACCAGCACUUUGGAAAACAAGAUUCCAUCCAGUCAGAUUGCAAACAUCGUUCAUGAUGGCACUGAUAUCUGUGGAGCACCCAUGAAAUUGGGCCCCACAAAGAACUGGACUUUCCCAAACCUCAAAGCAUCUGCAGAACCGUCUGAGGUUUAUCUUGGCGUUGGAGACGGAGUGGAGCCAGUGAGUCAUAAGAGUUCAUUUAAGAGGCGCAACAAGACUAGUGAUUCCGUAGCCAGCCGUGAAGGAGACCCGAGAAGUCUUCCUCAACCCGGACAGGCACGUAGAGGCAAAAGCCGUAUUCCUGCAAACCCAGAGAUGGUGAGGGACACCGGUUUGGAGUUGGUGAGAGAGAGACCUGAUGACGGCCUGUCUCCAAGCCAUCCCCAGGUCCUCGAGACCCCCGAGUCCCUGAGCGAUUCCCUCUAUGACAGCCUGUCCUCGUGUGGUAGUCAAGGCUAAAGUGGUUUCAGAGAGACUGAAUGAUAACCAGGUACCAACCUUUUUGUAACCCUGAUUCUCGUGACACUUCAGAUAUUUUUCGAAGGAGGAUAUUUACGGGAUAACCCAUUUUUUUUGACCGAGAAAAGCUCAUGCCACAUGUUACGCUCCGUACACGAAAUACCCACAUUUCUAUCCUGAUGGUUGGAAGAAGGACUUUUACAAUGUGUUUGUGCUGGCAUCAUUUUAGCCCAUUAUAACAACUCUAUCAUCUCAUUCGUGUUCUCUGUUUCAAGUGGUAGCAAAAGUAGUGACGUUCAACUCAUAUUAUUGUUAAAUUACGUUUCAAGGAUGAAUCCAAGCUCAUCGCGACAGUCUUCCAGUUUUUAAUCUCACAGAAUGUUCUGGUUCUCAUGCAACAUCAGUGCACACUCUCUUUGGUAACAUUUGUGUAAAGUUAUUGGAAAGUGAAUGUUAAUAUAUGUGAUUUUCAAUUAAUUUAAUAUGCAUAUUUCAUGAAAAGAAAAAAAAGAAGAAAAAAACGCAUCUGUGUAAAACUUGCAUUAGCCGUAGGCUUUUGAUUCAUUGUGUUUAAAGAAGAAGAAAAAAACCUCGUAGCAGCAACAUACAUUAAGUCCGAUCCAUAUAAGACAGAGCUACAGUGUUCCACGGUGAAUUAUUAUUUACGUUUAUUUAUUUAUUUUCUUUGAAUAACGUGGUAAGACAAGACCACCUUUUAUUGGUUACUCCUUUUGCAUUCUGUUCAAACAUGUACUGUGCCUGACUUUGUGUGUACGUGUCUCGCUGUGCGUCUAUAGGAUAGUUUGUUCUCCAGAUCCGGCCAUGACUUGUUUUUUUGUGUAUGUUACUUUUGUUUUGCAAUGAUUUAGAGAAACUUGUGACUCAUGACCUAAUUCUGAACUGUGUAUUGUUGGACCACCCUGCUUACAAUCAGUGAACUUUAACAAAGCUUAAACCUAAAACUUAAACUUGGCUCUGGCUGACUAGACAUGAGAGAAAAUUUAUCAAAUCAUUCCUUGCGAAUUUUGAAAAGGUGGCUGAUGAUUUCUUUACUCUUUAUGUUGACGUAAUAACGCUGACUCUGCCUUACGCAUCUUUCCACAGCUGUUAGAAAUUAUCCUCCUUUGAGCCAGGUUUCAUGUUGAUUACUCAGCAAAAGGGGUUUUCUUUGGGAAAUGGUCGUGAUUCUCCCCCUCCACACAAAUUCAUCGUAUAUCUUCAGCAAAAAGCAUUUUGGUGCAAUUCAAGUUAAGGUGCGAUGCAUGCGUUUGACUGUGCUAAUCCUGUGAAAUGGAUUACAGGCAAAAGUGGUUGCUCAAAAAGCCAUAGGUUAGUAGAUAAGUAGUACAACCCGAAUCCUUUCCAAUCUGCGCGGACCUCAAUAGCUGUUUUUUAUGAAGCGACCACAACAAAAGACUAAUUAAAAACAUUCCCAAGCAUAUAUGCGUCGUCAUCCAACAGUCUUUCCAGGCCUGUGUACAAUUUUUGUAGAGAGAAAUUAACUUUGUAGUCAUCCUCAAUCUUAUACGCAUGUCACUCUCUUGAUUUGUCACAAAAUUCUUGUUUUUUUUUUUUAUAAGUAGUUUGUGUUACUAUCGUAGUUCUCUAAUUUGCCUGCCGUUAUAACCUUUGUUAUUUACUUUGUUGUAAUUGUCAGGAAUAUUUUAUAUUAGUUUGCUGUUUACAAAAGAAUUUAUGAUGAAGUUGUUAAUAUAUCUGUAAAAUGUUUAUAUAAGGUGCUAUCUGAUUUUUGUUUUCACUCUGUCCUGCAAAAGCCAUAAAUGUGUUUUCAUAAUCUCCUUUCUAAGCAAUCGCCAUCACUCAAUAAAACUCAACUCAAUAAAAACCUUUUUAAGUA